GGGUCUGCAGUUGAUGAUGUUUUGACUUUAAUAUGUUUGCGGCUGCCACCAAGAGCUUCGUCAAGCAAGUUGGAGAUGGAGGGAGAUUAGUGCCGGUUCCCAGCCUCAGUGAAGCCGACAAGUACCAACCUUUAAGUCUGGUGGUGAAAAAGAAGAGAUGUUUUCUGCUCCCUAGGUAUAAAUUUACUUCAACACCAUUUACGCUGAAAGAUAUUCUCCUAGGGGACAGAGAAAUUUCAGCGGGUAUUUCAUCUUACCAAUUAUUGAAUUAUGAAGAUGAGUCAGAUCUUUCCCUGUACGGAAGGCGAGGUAACCACAUGGUGAAUGACGUUGGGAUUAAUGUUGCUGGGUCAGAUUCCAUUGCUGUGAAAGCUUCUUUUGGUGUAGUAACCAAGCAUGAAGUAGAGGUAUCAACAUUACUCAAGGAAAUUACUACACGAAAAAUUAACUUUGACCACAGUUUGAUCCGUCAGUCAAGGAGCAACAGAAAGGCGGUGUUGUGUGUGGUUAUGGAAAGCAUUCGAACGACAAGACAGUGCUCUCUCUCUGUACAUGCUGGGAUUCGAGGCGAAGCGAUGAGGUUUCACUUUAUGGAUGAACAGAAUCCCAAGGGAAGGGAAAAGGCUAUUGUUUUUCCAGCACACACAACGAUAGCUUUCAGUGUUUCUGAACUCUUCGUUUACCUGGAUGGUGCCUUUGACCUUUGUGUCACUUCAGUGUCAAAAGGAGGAUUUGAGCGGGAAGAAACAGCUACGUUUGCAGUGCUGUACAGACUUAGAAACAUACUGUUUGAAAGAAAUAGAAGAGUGAUGGACGCCAUCUCUCGUUCACAGCUUUAUUUGGAUGACCUUUUUUCCGACUACUAUGACAAACCUCUCAGCAUGACUGAUAUUUCACUCAAGGAAGGAACUCAUAUCCGAGUUAACUUGCUUAAUCACAACAUUCCUAAGGGGCCUUGCAUACUCUGCGGAAUGGGGAACUUAAAAAGGGAGACGGUUUAUGGGUGCUUUCAGUGUUCUGUGGAUGGGCAGAAGUAUGUGAGACUUCAUGCAGUUCCUUGUUUUGAUAUUUGGCACAAAAGAAUGAAAUAAAACGAAUAAUGCCUUGCUCGUGUUUAAAGUGCAGUUUUGCCACAAGUCUUUCCUAUAUUACCUAGGUUUAUUUUGAU